CCUCGGAGCAGCAUGGGGUGCCCUUCGCUGUAGCCCCUCGCCCGGGACCCAGAAUGCGAGAGUGGUGGAUCCAGGUGGGCCUUUUGAUGGUGCCCCUCAUCGCUGUCUACCUGCACAUCCCACCUCCCAAAUUAUCCCCGGCUCUCCAUUCAUGGAAGUCAUCGGGAAGGUAUUUCACUUACAAAAAACAGAACAUCUUCUACAAAGAUUCCUCAGGUGCCGUUGGCAGUUCCGACAUUGUGGUUCUUUUGCACGGUUUCCCCACCUCUAGUUACGACUGGUACAAGAUCUGGGAAGGGCUGACUGAGCGAUUUCACAGAGUGAUCGCGCUAGAUUUCAUCGGGUUUGGCUUCAGUGACAAACCAAGGCCACACCGAUACUCCAUCUUUGAGCAAGCCAGCAUUGUGGAAGGGCUGCUGUACCAUUUGGGCCUCCAGAACCAGCGGGUCAACCUUCUGUCGCACGACUAUGGGGUCACCGUGGCGCAGGAGCUGCUUCACAGGUACGAGCAGAACAAAACCAGGAGCGUUCUCAUCAACAGUCUGUGCUUCUCAAACGGAGGAAUUUUUCCGGAAACUCACUACCCCCUGUUCAUCCAGAAGAUUCUCAAAGAUGGCGGCCUUCUAACUCCCAUCAUCACUCGGCUAGCAAACUACUACAUAUUUGCAAGAGGGCUCGGGGCAGUCUUCGGACCUUACACACAGCCUUCGGAAGCCGAAUACUGGGACAUGUGGACGGCGGUCCGAACAAACGAUGGGAACCUUGUAAUAGACAGUAUUUUACAGUACAUCAACCAACGAAAGCAGCACAGAGAGCGCUGGGUCGGGGCCCUGAAAUCCAGCUCUGUUCCUUUGCACCUGAUUUAUGGACCGCUGGACCCCGUGAAUCCAUAUCCCGAGUUUCUUCGGCUCUACAAGAAAGUGCUUCCGAUGUCCACGGUGUCGGUGCUGGAUGACCACAUCAGCCACUACCCUCAGCUGGAAGACCCCCUGGGCUUCUUGAACGCCUACUUGAGCUUCAUCAACUCCUUCUGAACCGGAGACGCGUUCCUUUCCGCCCCCCCACUCGAGA